UAUAUAUUAUAUAUAAUGGGCCCCCUGUCCACUGGGCAGAUCUACAUUGUUAAUAUACUUGGUUAGGAAAUUUUUCUCUCAAAGACUAUUUCAAGCAAGUAUAUUUCUAUUAAUAGGAUUAUUCUGAGGCAAGGGAGAGGCAGGUUGGUUUUUGGUCAUAUCUGUAAAGGAGAAAAAGAUUAUAUUUAAAUGUUACUGUAAAGCUAACAGAGCAAAUACAAUACUUGGCAUUUAUGUAAAUAGUUGUUGAAUCAGCGAAUCACUAAAAAAGCCCUUUUGAUCAUCAACUAGGAAGAAUAUAAGCUUUUCCAGAGCAAGAAGUUUGUUUUGUUAGCUCUAAUAUACCUAGCACCUAGAACAACAGGUACUCAGUGAGUACAUAUUGAGUAUAAAUGAGAACAAUCCAUUCAUUUAUUUAUCAAAAUAUUGUUGAGGAAAAUGAAGUCCCCUCUGGGAAAGGUUGUGCAGUUGGUCACUGGUGCAGCUAGACAGUGCUGUAUACCGUACUAUGAUGCCCCCUUUUGACUUAUGAAAUAUGAAUCAUAGGUAUGAUUAUUAAAAAGCAGAAAAUAGCACUGGCUGGUUUUGCUAAGUGGUUGGAGCAUCAGCCUGUGGACCGAAGGAUUGUGGGUUUGAUUCUCUGUUAAGGGCAAGUACCUUGAUUGCGGGUUCCAUCCCCGGCCACAGUUGGAGUGCAUGCGGGACAAUAAAUGUUUGUCUUUCCAGGCAAUGUUUCUUUCUCCAUUUCCCCUGCCCUCUUCCUUCCUUCACACUUUGUCUGCAAAACAAUGGAAAAAAUAUCCUCGGGUGAGGAUUAUAAAAAGAGAGAAAAGAAGCAAAAACAUUCAAAAAGUUAGUCAUCUUGUAAAAAUUCUUCCAAAUGGCUCCAAAGGCAGAUACUCCAUGUUUCCACCUGUCCUGGCAGCAAGUACAGUUUUGGCACAAGACCAAUUGCAUCAUGCCCUACAGCUUAAUAGGCAUGAUCUGACUUACAUAAUGCUGGGGAAGAUUCACUUGCUGGUGGGAGACUUGGACAAGGCCAUGGAAAUCUACAAGAAAGCUGUGGAGUUCUCACCAGAAAAUACAGAACUUCUUACAACUUUAGGAUUACUCUACUUACAGGUUGGCAUUUAUCAGAAGGCAUUUGAACACCUCGGAAAUGCUCUAACUUAUGACCCUAUCAACUACAAGGCAAUCUUGGCAGCAGGCAGCAUGAUGCAGACCCAUGGAGACUUUGAUGUUGCCCUCACCAAAUACAGAGUUGUAGCUUCUGCUGUUCCAGAAAGUCCUCCACUUUGGAAUAAUAUUGGAAUGUGUUUCUUUGGCAAGAAGAAAUAUGUAGCAGCUAUCAGCUGCCUGAAACGAGCCAACUAUUUGGCACCCUUUGAUUGGAAGAUUCUCUAUAAUCUGGGCCUUGUUCACUUGACCAUGCAGCAGUAUGCAUCAGCUUUCCAUUUUCUCAGUGCAGCCAUCAACUUCCAGCCAAAGAUGGGGGAACUGUACAUGCUCUUGGCUGUGGCUUUGACCAAUCUGGAAGAUACAGAGAAUGCCAAGAGAGCUUAUGACAAAGCAGUCUGCCUGGAUAAGUAUAACCCUUUAAUCAACCUGAACUAUGCUGUGCUGCUAUACAACCAGGGUGAGAAGAGGGAUGCCCUAACCCAGUAUCAGGAGAUGGAGAAGAAAGUCAACCUACUCAAGGACAGUAGCUCUCUAGAAUAUGACUCUGAGAUGGUGGAGAUGGCUCAGAAGUUGGGAGCUGCUCUCCAGGUUGGGGAGGCACUGGUCUGGACAAAAUCAGUCAAAGAUCCCAAAUCAAAGCAACGGACAACUUCAACUAGCAAAGCUUCUGGUUUCCAGCAGCCUCUGGGCUCUAAUCAAGCUCUAGGACAGGCAAUGUCUUCAGCGGCUGCAUACAGCAAGCUACCCUCAGCUGCAAAGAUAUACCACAGUCCCAGUAAUGCUAGAAAACAUGGGGUUUCUUGAAAUUCAGCAUAAUUCUUUGGGAAUUCUGGAACAAGAAUUCAAGUUACCAUCUCUUCCUCUGGAGUUGAAGCCCAUGUGGAAGCAUGUCCAAGUGAAGCAGCAGCACAAAUAAGAGAAAAAUAGGAAUAGGAUCACCAUAGAGUAGGGGUUUCUCUGGUGAUGAUUAAGAAAGGUCACAUGACAGGUAGAGCACAUUCCUUGGGAACCACAGAACGCAGCAUAUGUUGUGAUGAUCAUGUGGAGCCUGAGGUCUCUGCAGUCAUCAUUGGUCCCCAUCACCUCACCCAGGAAAUGAGAAGCCAGCCAGACAGAUCCUUUAAGAAUUG